AUGGGCUUCAUCGACAAAAUCAACGCCAAGGUCGCGGUCAGCCCCGUGGGCCGCUGGUUCAAGCUGGAAGGCUGCGGUCACCCGAAAGAGCGCAAGGGCUCCCUCUUCUUCACCGAGAUUCGCGGCGGCCUCGCCUGCUUCUUCGCCAUGGCCUACAUUAUCGCGGUCAACGCCUCCAUCGUCGCCGACAGCGGUGGCACAUGCGUGUGCAACACCAGGGACAUCGAUCGCUUCUGCCUCAAGGAUACCGACUACCUCAUGUGCACGCAGCAGAUCAAGCGCGACGCCGUCACUGCCACCGCCGCCAUCUCUUCCCUCGCGACAUUCUGCAUGGGUCUCUUUGCCAACAUGCCCGUCGGCUUGGCACCAGGAAUGGGUCUCAAUGCGUACUUCACCUAUACUGUCGUCGGUCUCCACGGAACCGGUCCCGUGCCCUACCAAGUCGCCCUGACCGCCAUCUUCAUCGAAGGCUUCAUCUUCUUCGGCCUCGCCCUGUUCGGCAUGCGCCACGCGGGUAUCGGCCUGUUCCUCACCCUCAUCGGCCUCACCUACAGCGAGGGCAUCGCCCUCGUCGUCGGCGCCACCGCCACCCCGUCGAGCUCGCCGGCUGCUCCCCGAGAACCGUCUCGAGGAUGGCACCUGCCCCAGCUGGGACAAGAUGCGCUACCCCGCCAUGUGGGUGGGCAUCUUUGCGGCGGCAUCUUCACUACUAUCCUCAUGAUGUACAAGGUCCGCGGCGCCAUCAUCGCCGGCAUCGUCCUCGUCAGCAUCAUCUCCUGGCCCAGGACCACCCCCGUCGUCGACUUCCACAAGAUCUCCAAGAUCCUCAACGUCCAGGAGUGGAACAUUUCCGGCUACGGCGGCCAGUUCGGCCUCGCCCUCAUCACCUUCCUCUACGUCGACAUCCUCGACUGCACCGGUACCCUCUACGGUAUGGCUCGCUUCGCCAACCUCAUCGACCCCGUCACCCAGGAUUUUGAGGGCUCCAGCAUCGCCUACAUGGUCGACGCCCUCAGCAUUUCCUCCGGUGCCGGUAUCUCCGAAGGCGGCAAGACCGGCCUCACCGCCGUCGUCGCCGGUCUCUGCUUCUUCAUCUCCAUCUUCUUCGCUCCCAUCUUCGCCUCCAUCCCUCCCUGGGCCACCGGCUGCGUGCUCAUCCUCGUCGGUUCCAUGAUGGUCGGCUCCGUCACCGAGAUCAACUGGCGCUACCUCGGCGACGGCGUGCCCGCCUUCCUCACCAUCGCCCUCAUGCCCUUCACCUAUUCUAUCGCCGACGGCCUCAUCGCCGGUAUCUGCAGCUACAUCUGCCUCAACACCAUUGUCUGGCUCAUCAAGGUCGCUUCCGGCGGCCGCAUCGUGCCUCCCAACUACGAGGAGCGCGACGGCUGGACCUACCGCAUUCCCGGCGGCUUCUUCCCCGUCGUUGUCCAGAGCGAGGUCCGCACCCCCUCCGAAGGCGAGCUCGCCUCCGAUGUUGAGAAGAGCGGCGUGGCCACGGCGCAGGCUCCGAGGAAGGAAGAGUAA